AUGUACUGGAUGUUACCAGCCCACAUUUGCUCGGGAGUAUCUCGCCCAGAUCCAUGCGAUGAGACCGAAGCCAUCAUCGCCGUGACCCAAGGCUUCCUUGCUGCGUUGAGCACAAAAUCACGAGCCGACUUUGAAAAACACUGUGUUAGAGCUGGAGGAAUGUCACUCUCGCCUCCAUCGUCAAUUGCACCACGUUUCUGCACCAUCGGGUCUUUCAUCGAACACGUGGCCACACUCAAAGAUGAGAUCGACGAGCGGAUUUGGGAUCCUGAGGUGAAGGUUCACGAGGAAGGGAAUCUAGCUACGGUGUGGGCACCGUUUCGAGCCAAGGUCAAUGGCAUAGUCGAUCAUGUCGGUGUCGAGCUUUUCGUGCUUCACAAGUUCAAUGGCGAGUGGAAGAUCACUGGGCUAGCGGAUUCCUGUCGGCGGCCGACCGAGGAAGAGAAAAUGAUGGAGUAG